AUGAAUGAAAGGAUGAUCAUGCCAUCAAGAGGCCAACAGCGCAGUCCUGUUCAGGAAUCGACUGCGAUCGCGGACUUGAGGUUCGCUAUGAACAUGAACGAUGAUGAAACGAUCAAUGCAAGAAUCAGGCAGUCGUUCGAAACGUUGGAUGAUGUGGGCGCUAACAUUGAGAGAGUAGAACGCUUUCUGGAUGCCUCAUUCUCAGGUCGACUUGCUCUGUCGUCGAAAUAUGAACAACGCCCAACAACAGCGCCAUCGGAACACUCCGUCCCCGGCGAAAACCUCGGAAAAUGCGGCACCACAUGGAAGGCCUAUGAAUCAGUGGUUUAUGGCCCAGAUGAUUCGUUGCAACAUUCUUUGGAAUCGUUACGGUCACCGCUGAGUGUAUCGGGAAAUAUACAGCAUCUGGACGAAAUGCUUCUCUCGGCGACGGAAUCUACCCGAUCAGAGCAGAUCGAACAGGCACAGAAGGGUGAGAGUAGCUCUGGUGUUUCGGCAACGCGGAUUGAACGGCCGGAAGCAAACGGCCACUCGCCAGUUGAGAGCCAAAGAAAUAAUGGCAUCUCCCCGCCGUCUCAUUUUUCCGGACCUGUGAAUUAUGCUGAUGAAGGCAGCGGUGAUUUCAUGCCUGAGGAAUUGUCCAGGCGUCAGCAUUAUGCCGCGAAAACAGUUGGAGCGUUGGACCAGUUCCACAAGGAUUGUUUGGUAUUUUUUGCGGAGCUUCGCAGAUUAUAUUGUGCAACAAAAACAGAAGAUCUGCAAAAAGUGAACAACGAGGAGAAACGAAUCCGUACAGCAUGUCUGCUGCUAAAACGUCAGUACACCAAUUCCAUCAAAAAUGGAACGCCAAUGAAGAAUUUUGUGGAUUAUCAUAUUCAUGAAAGGGCGCGAAUACAGUGCUUCAAUCUUGACAUACAACGACGGCUCGCUGCAUUGCGAGGGCGUCCGGUGAGUUCGGAUUUUGAGGAAAUGAAACGACGCGAGGAGAAUGUGCUUCGUUCAACAAAAUACGCUGAGGAAAACAAUUUACCUGGUACCUUUGCAAAAUGGGAGCAAAAAUUACGAAUGCAUUUUCGCAGCAAAGGUUCCGUUUUUUAA